GGCGCGGGAGGCGGGGCGGAGGGCCGGCCGGUAGCCCACGUGGGUGUUAAGCGGCCGCCCCCGCCGCCGAGCCAGAGUCGAGAGCUGGCGGCGGAGCGCGAGUAGGACGUGGCCAGUCGGCACGGCGGGAUAUGAGGUGCCCAUUGUAAGCUCGUGAGAGUUGCCCUCCGCGGAACCCAGCAGAGGAGUGGGCAAACAUGAAAUCCAAUCCUGCCAUCCAAGCUGCCAUUGACCUUACGGCGGGGGCCGCAGGGGGCACAGCAUGUGUACUCACCGGGCAGCCCUUCGACACCAUGAAGGUGAAGAUGCAGACGUUCCCCGACCUGUACAGGGGCCUCACCGACUGCUGCCUGAAGACCUACUCCCAGGUGGGCUUCCGGGGCUUCUACAAGGGGACCAGCCCAGCGCUGAUUGCCAACAUCGCCGAGAACUCCGUCCUCUUCAUGUGCUACGGAUUCUGCCAGCAGGUGGUACGGAAAAUGGUUGGAUUGGAAAAGCAGGCGAAGCUGAGUGAUCUGCAGAAUGCAGCUGCUGGUUCCUUUGCCUCUGCCUUUGCUGCUCUGGUCCUCUGCCCCACCGAGCUCGUGAAGUGCCGACUGCAGACCAUGUAUGAAAUGGAGAUGUCGGGAAAGAUAGCCAAAAGCCAGAACACAGUUUGGUCUGUCGUGAAGAGUAUCCUUAGGAAGGACGGCCCCUUGGGCUUCUACCAUGGACUCUCGAGCACUUUACUUCGAGAAGUACCGGGCUACUUCUUCUUCUUCGGUGGCUAUGAGCUGAGCCGAUCGUUUUUUGCAUCGGGGAGAUCAAAAGAUGAACUAGGCCCUGUCCCUUUGAUGUUAAGUGGUGGAUUUGGUGGAAUCUGCCUCUGGCUUGCUGUUUACCCAGUGGAUUGUAUCAAAUCCAGAAUUCAAGUUCUCUCCAUGUCUGGAAAGCAGGCAGGAUUUAUUGGAACUUUCAUAAGCAUCGUGAAAAAUGAAGGAAUAACGGCCUUAUAUUCUGGACUGAAACCUACCAUGAUUCGCGCGUUCCCUGCCAACGGGGCACUCUUUUUGGCCUAUGAAUACAGCAGGAAGUUGAUGAUGAGCCAGUUUGAAGCAUACUGAAGUGUUCUGGCAAACCUUGAUCAAAGUGAAGCUGUUUGAGGACUGCAGUUCUCAGGGUUUCAAGGAGUACAAGACCAAUGUGGAAUUUUUUGAUUUUGUGGGAAAUUCUUUUUUGUCUUCCAUUUUUCUACCUUCUACCUUAAACUUUAUAGAAGAGCUUCUCUUUUCUAUUAUAUAAUUUCUGCCCAUAAUUGUAGUGAAGUGGAAAAGUUGCUGCUCUGGUCCUUGGUGGGACAUACAGGGUGGGCUGCUGGCCCGAGGUACCUAAUCUGAAAGGCUAAGUAGAGCUAUCUUAAGGGCUUUUGCGUAAACCUGUAUGUGUACAUGCGGUUUAGGUGGUUGUGUUGUGAGUGAAGCACAAUUUAGUUCUAUGUUUAAUCUCAGAUCUCACUAGAAAAAACCAGAGGUAACCAUGUUUCAGGAGGAUGGUUAUAAAUGCUUCAUCCAUGCUAGAUGUGGGUCUCUUUUAAAAUCUACUUAGCACAUACCCUGUAAUAAGUGGUUGAAGUUUUUAAAAAGUUUUCCUGUGGUGCUUGAAAACUAAGGCAUCCGUCUAGAUUCUAAAGAGGAGAAUAUAUCUGCAUAGUGGUGUGGCUUCCAUGUUCUUGAUUUAAGUUUCAGAGUAAGCAUCCUGGAUUUUCCCAAGGUGCUCCUCUGUGGAAACAGUGCCACCCAUCUUCUUCCAGGUGGGAUCCCAUUCCACGCCCGGACAUAUCGUUGGGUGUGGCCCAGAGCCUUUGCGAAGCAGCACGGCCCUCGCCUGUGCUAGCCCCUCCUCCUGUCCCAGGGAGCUCCUCUCUGCUGGGCUCGAGCUCGAGGCAGGGGCUGAGGGGAGGGGUCUGUGGUGCUUUGUGAAGACUGUGGCUGACAGCUGCCCUGAGCUGCUGCCUCUGUGUCCGGGCCUGGGCGGGAUUCCAGGGAAGUUGUCGGACCACCUACGGGCUGCUGAUCCACUUUGGACCACGCCCUCCUUGCCUCUGCCAAUCGGAAGCCCUUCCAGGGAGCAGAGUGCCAAAGCCAAGAGAGGCCCUGGCUCCCCGUCCGGGGACAGAGUGGUGGUGCUUGUGGGCAAAGCGGUCUCCUUUCAGAGGGAACCAGAGCGUCGUGCUUGCACUCCCCGUGAGUGGUGUCAGGGCUGAAGUUUGUCUCGGGAUCCCUCACUCCUUGCCACGCUGGAGCCUUUAAUAUGGGGUACUGGCUGUCGUGAAUUUCAGUGAUGGUGGUCUCUGGGGUGUGACUUAAUAAAUCAAUGAAGCAAAGGUAAUUUCAUUAAACUAUGCCGUAGGUAUGCACUACUAACAAACCCUGGUUCAUCUGACAACCGUAGACUUGGGAUGGGCAGCUGUUCCCUGGCCGUCUGGUUUACGUGAGCCCUUGUCGUCACCAGUGAAGUCAGCCGCCUCGUUCUGUGCUGCUCCGAGACCCCCCAGGCCUCUAAUAAAGAGCUCUUAAUCCGCCCCUGCGGCUGACGUGUUAACAAUGACCCACACUGGUGUGUCCCCCCCUGUUGGCAGGACGGAAGCGUUGUGUGUGGGACCUCCAGUUUCCCUAAGUUUGUGUUCUCCCUGCAGCCUCGGUGGUGACUCCGGCCAGAAGCCAGAGAGGGUCGGGAAGGCCAGCUGCUGGCAGACGUUUAGCGGAGGGGGGAUGCCCGGUGUUGUGCCCGACGGGCUCCAGAGCUAUGCCUGGUUUCUGUUUGCCUUUUCUUGAAAAGCAAUUUUUCUACCUUACUUUUGUCCGUACUUAAAUGGUCAGUAGCUACUGAGUGGUGCUGCUUCUGAACAGGCCUGGAUUGAAGCAAAAAUAGCAAAUGGGACUGGCUUCCCCCAGGAAGUGACCUGCUCCAGAGCCCACCGGGCCCCUGUCGUCUAAGCCCUGUUGGCAGUAGGUCUUCUCACGUGUUGUCCUGUAAAGAUUUAACUGAAUAUCUUCAACAGAAACUGUCUGAGGCAGGUAAGAGUGAGUGGGAGUAAUGAAUGGAAACUUGAGAGUUGUUCUUUUUUUAACGUUUCAUUCUGUUUGCUUAAUUCAUGGUUCAGUAUUUGGGUACAGUUUGUACCGUUUCAAAUCUGUACUCCGGACAAAAAGAGAGUAACUUGAAAUACUGUGUUUAAAGAAAUUCUCGUGUUCUAUCAUUAAAUUUGCCUAAUAGUUGACGAUAUGAUUUAAGUACUUUAUGUGCUAAGAACCAACUGUCAGGAAUGUUUGAGUUAUGUAUGGUGAUACUUCGAGGUGAUGGUUUUAUUGCAACAAGCGUUGUUUUUUUUGUCAGCAAGAUUCCUGAUGUACAAUAACUACUGAUAUAAAUGCAUAUUCUGUAUACAGUGCAGUUGCGAAACGUGGCCCACUAGCAUUACUCUCCCUCCACCAGGCUGUGUAUGUGAUGUGACUGAUUUGGCAGGAUGCCAUUCUAUUUUUUAAAAUAAACUUCUGGAUAUCAAGUUUUCCAGAUGUAAGUGUGUCAACCACCUUUUAAACUAGCUGAAGCCUCCCUGGAUGACACCUUCCUGUGGCAUAGCAUUUGGUGUUGGUCAGUCAUCAGUAGAUCAACACGUACUGAGGACCUGCCAUAUUCAAGGGACACCAAGUUGGAUGGUAACCAGAAAGCAACACGGCCCCUCCCUGUGGUGAGUGAUGGUUUGGGGAGGGCAACAUGCUGAUUUGACAUUGAGAUUUAAAACAAACACUAGAAUUUUCAGUUUCCAUGGUUUCUCUUACCCCACAGUUUUUGGAAGCAGAACAGAAAAAGACAGGCUUUCGUUGCAUUAUUAUCUGUACUUUUAGGUCAUUUCCAUUGCCUUUUCCAACACCUGAAUGAAAUUAAAAAGUUAGACUGGUUAGAGCAAAGAUCAAAAUGUCUCACCAAUUAACAAUACAGAUUAAAAAGAGAAAAAAUUAUCCCAGCUAACAAUGUGUCAAUAUUGAAUCAUUUGGCUCUUGUAUGGAUUUUGUCUUUGAAAGACAAGGCUUCAAAAGUUCAGUUCUGUCCCCUAAAGCAGAAUUUAUAAGGCUGGAGAAAAAAAAAAGACAUUGUUCAGCUUCUAAGAUUUGGAAUCCCAUCGCUUCACCUUCAUAGAAAAAAAAAAAUUAGGGAAGGGGACGUGCAACCUUUCUUGUUGAUGUGCUGCUUUCUUCAGACUUCUCAUUGUGAUGUUUCUUAAUAAUAAAUAGUCUAAAUUCCUCUUGCCCUAGUUUAAAUCCAGUUUAUGGAAAAUAUAGGAGAGCUGUAUCCAAACGUUCCUGCUAUGUUCAGCAUAUAUUUACAAAUGGUUUCUUCUCCCUUUUUUUUUUUCAAUUUAAUUGACCCACUUACUUCAGCAUUUCAUGAAAGGGCUGGUUUCUCAAGCCUCCAAUUAAUUUUUCCGGCUUUCCUUUCCACCCUGCAUAUUUCACUUAAAUAUGCACAGAACUAAAGG